GCGACACAGAGAGAUGGUCUACAUGGAUGUGGGUCACCUGUUGGUGCUGCUGCUGCUACUGCAGCUGUGGAGCUCAGAACUCCAGACUGAAGGAAAACACAACUCAGAAGAGUUUGUCAGGUUGCAGGGAGGUCGCUGCACAGGAACACUGCAGCUGAAGCAUCAUGAAGAAUGGAGACCAGUGAAUGACUUAGACUCUGUCUGGACCCUGAGGACAGCAGCUGUUGCCUGCAGAGAGUUGGACUGCGGCUCUGCUGUUUCUGUAGAACAGAGAAAAGAUUUCUCAUACAGAUCUGUGUGGGACAUCAGGUCUUACUGUGUGGAGUCAGGAUCUGCUCUGAGUGAGUGUGCAACAUCAUCUUUCUCUUACCACCUCCUGGAUCUCACCUGCUCAGACUCUGUCAGGCUGGUGAAUGGGACCAGUCUGUGCUCAGGCAGACUGGAGGUGAAGAAUAAUCAGUCUCCCCAGAGGUGGUCCUUGGUGUGUGAAGCUGACUUUGACUGGCAGGAUGCAAAGGUUGUGUGUAGGGAGCUUGGCUGUGGGAAUCCUUCAGUCAUCGAGGGGGCGCUCUAUGGAGAAGUGGAGGCUCCAAUGAGGACCAAAGAGUUCCAGUGUGGAGGGAAUGAGGCUGCUCUCCUGGACUGUGGAAGUUUAGGCUUGGAUGGAAACGUCACCUGCUCCCCUGGAAAAGCUGUUGGACUCACAUGCUCAGAACCAAUCAGGUUGAGGGGAGUCAGCCGCUGUGCAGGAACACUGACGGUGAAACAUCAGGGAGAAUGGAGACCAGUGUCUGACUUUAACUCCGUCUGGACCCCUAAGACAGCAGCUGUUGCCUGCAGAGAGUUGGACUGUGGCUCUGCUGUUUCUGUAGAACAGAAAAAAGAGUCCUCGAUAAUAUCAGUGUGGAGGAUCUGGUCUGACUGUGUUCAGUCUGGAUCUAGUCUGAGGGAGUGUGCAGCCUCAUUUUCCUCUUCCUACAUCCUGGAUCUCACCUGCUCAGACUCUGUCAGGCUGGUAAAUGGGACCAGUCUGUGCUCAGGCAGACUGGAGGUGAAGACCCGGAAGUGGUCCUCAGUGUGUGAAGCUGACUUUGACCAGCAGGAUGCAGAGGUUGUCUGUAGGGAACUUGGCUGUGGGGCUCCUUCAGUCCUCCAGGGGAUGCUCUUUGGAGAGGUGGAGGCUCCAGUGAGUACCAAAGAGUUCCAGUGUGGUGGCAAUGAGUAUGCUCUCCUGGACUGUAGAAGCUCAGGCUCAGAUAGAAACAACUGCUCAUCUGGAAAAGCUGUUGGACUCUCCUGCUCAGAACCCGUCAGGUUGGUGGGAGGACUCGUUCGUUGUACAGGAUCACUGGAGGUGAAACAUCAGGGAGACUGGAGACCAGUGAUUGUCUCUGGCUUGAUCACAGAGGUAGGAGCUGUUGCAUGCAGAGAGCUGGGCUGUCUUUCUCCUGUUUCCGUAGGAUGGAAGAAAGAGUCCUCAGUCCGAUCUGUUUGGAUGAUCAGCUCUGACUGUGUUCAGUCUGGAUUUACUUUGAGGGAGUGUGCAGUGUCAUAUUCCCAUUCUUCCAUCCUGAAUCUCAUCUGUUCAAGCCCAUCAGUGACACAAGCCACAGGUCCGAGGCCUUUUAUCAUCAAAGCGGUUGUCCUGCUGCUAACUUUGCUGCUGGUGAACGUGUCUCUUUACUUCUACUAUAAGGCCAGCAGGGGACAGCAGACAGACACGCAGGAGGAUAUUGAGCUAAAUCAUUAUCACAUGGGUGUUCCUGCAGUUGAAGAAGAGCAAACUGAAGAAGAAGGAGCAGAGUAACACCUCCAAAGAGCUCUUCUCCCAUCCAUAUGGAUUUUAAUGUGCAAGUUCCUUUGAAAACAAGAGGACACAAAUGAUUACGUUACAUUAUAUACUAUAUAGCUCACAUCUCUAAGGCCAUUGGUUCCUACUGAAAGCGUACAAACACCUGAGAAUUUGAAAUUACAAUUAAAAACAAAAACAGGCCAACCAGUAACAAUGUAAAAUAAUAUUAAAUUUUAAAUUGAAACUUGAAACAUUGACAAAAUCCUCUUAAUUAUGUAUUACAAUAUUCAGUGUAAAUUAAAUUGAGUGACAUUUGAAUUAAAUCCUGAGAUAACAGGGAACUCAGAGCCACCUUCUUCAGACCUAAACAACAGAAUAGGUUGAUUGCCAUUGAUUCCUAAAACAACACAGACUGUCGCACAUUGGCCGUUUUAAACGUGUGACCAUGUUACGUGACUGCGGUGGAUAUUUUGAUCAUGUGACCAUUCUAUUUAACAUAAUGAACUGUUUUUUAAGAUAGCUAACAUUGUAAACUAUUUAGAGUUAGUAAAACAUCAGGGAUUGGCUUAAAAUGAGGAAUGCUACCUCAUUGUGCAGAAUUUAGUUAUACUUGGCCAUCUCACUUACUUUUAAAAUUACUAGCCUCACAACCUAACAACAAAUGUUGUUAUGAGCUGCUUACACAACCUCCCCACACGGUUGUUUUCUUGCCGCUGGAGAUCUGCACAUACAGGGUUGGUGAACCACAUUCGGUGCCAAGUUGAGAAUCAGUUAGUAUUUGUGAUUGAUUAAAGAAAUACAAUGCAUCAAAGUCAUAUAGCUCACAAACAAAGUACAAAUAAAUCAGUCAAAAUCUGUGGUAUUUUUCUAAACAAAUUUCAUGCUUUUUCAUAACAAAUGUUUAUUUUUGUACAGGAAUUUACUUGAUUUCGUAAUAGAUUGC